UUAUUAUUCUCCUUGCAACUUGUCACAGUUUAUUGAUCGAUUGAUCUUAUCAAGCUCUAAUCUUUCAUAUUCCUCAAUUGUAUUUUUCUCUCACCUCCACCCACUACUUGCACAUUCGUUGUUCCUUAUAUCUACGUCCUCUCCUUCCCAAGGAUUCCUAAGCGACUUGAGUCUACUACCGUCUUGUCCCACCUCAUUGGACUACGACCUGCCGGACGCUUCCAGACCCUUCGACCCACUCGUUAUCGCAGUUGUUCGGGGAUAAAGAUAUUCGGAUCUUGGGCCGUUUGAAACUUUUCUUUGGGAGGCUUGGUGCCAUACCUAGUACUUAAACUCUGGAACCUCCCCCAGUGGCGAAUUCCCUGAACUUCUUCAUCCACUCCGGCGUCAUACCCUUGACGUCCAUUUGUUGAAAGAGAACAUGUCCAUGCACCCUUCGAUACGCAAUAAGGGUUUUAUCAGUGAAUCAACCUCUACCCCCUUCAUCAAUUACCAAGACCCCGUUUUCAUCCAGGACGAGUUCCUUCCCGACUUGUCACAGGAGGCCGCAUUACAGUUCUACAACCAGCAACUACCCAGGCUCCAAUCACCUUUCCAGUACCACUCGGGUCUUGAAUUUUACUCUCCGCCGUCUUCCGCACCAUCGUCACCGACUUCCUCUCCGGCCUCUUCCACCUCCCACCUGCCUGCGACAGCAACGGUUGCCGCGGAAUACCCCAACUCCUUCGAGGCUCCUUCGAUGACACCCGUUUCCUCCUACAACUCCUCAUUCAACAUUCAGCAUACCGCGACGCCACCGUCCUCACAGCCAUACUUGUCACAAUAUCCCCAAUACCUUUUUGAAAACUCCCCAAUGUUGGCGCAACAGCCUGUCGCAAACACCCACGGUUGGGAAAACAAUCUGCAGCUGCUGAGCUCGGCUCGCAUGCAGCACAAGGCAUCACCGAGUACUUCAUCGACUCGAUCUGCACCUGCAGGAAGCUCAUAUCAGAGAUCUAACGCUUCUACGCUGUCAAAACCCCUGCCCACUCCCGUCCAGACACCUAUUCAGAACUCGUUUCUCACCGCGCCCUAUCAGCAGAACUACGACACUUCUGUGCAUGAUGGUAGCCAAGCUGAAACGGAGAUGGUGAGACGGGCUGUGAUGGAACAGCAGCAGAAGCAGCAGCAACAAAGUCACCAUCAGCAUCAGCAUCAGCCCAGUGAUUACUCACUGGCACCUUCGGUAUCUAGUGUGAGCCACAACUCACCCGUUACUCCCCAGAUAAAACCGGAGGAACUCGAUGAGGCCUCGAAGGCGAUGGUCAAUGACUACAAUAACCACAACGCAAACAACCUUCCGAUCGGUAUUCCCAAAAUCAACCGAACCAUGUCGGACAUCUACCAAGAUGAGCUCUACAAUCCAGCUCUCAUGCCGACUCCCCAAGUCUCCAAACAGACCACAAACCAGCAGAAUCUUUUGAACCCGUUCAGAAACGUCUUUGCUGAUCGGCUGCAAGCCGCCAAUCAGGGCCACAUGACUGCACGGUCUCAUUCUCCUGUUGUUACCAUGAACCGGGAUCGGUCUCCUUUCCGACAGAACUCGCCCCUGGCUGCUGAGUACAACAAUGGGUUCCAGCAGCCGCAGAUGGCGACCAGUGUGCCUAUGACUCAGAAUGUAGGCCAAAGCCAAGGAGAAGGAGAACCGAAGACCAUGUCUCCUAAGGAUGCUCUACUAGACUUCAACGAGGGGGAUGAUACCGGGAUUCCUUUGUUCCCAACAAGUCAACCUGACUUCAACCUUGGUGAAGCACUCGGCCUACGACGUGCAAGCUCAUCAUCAUUCCCGCAGUCGCAGAACUUUACUUCCAUGGAGUCAUUCCCCACGCAAUAUACUACACCGAAUGGACUUUCCCAGCAGUACACCUUUGCGCAGCAGCAGCAAGACCAGCAGCAACAACAGCAGCAGCAGCAGAACAACCUCCUUCACCAAACCCCCGAAUUCCCCGCAUCCCUUCCCCACUUCGAGUCUACGAACAGUGACGUGGGGGUCAACAACGGCGUGGCUUCUCCGCCGGCACAGCCCACAAUGGCGAUGCGCCCGGUGAAAGAAGAGAUCACCCGCCCUGAGCGCACUUCUGCGGACAGUGGUACUUACACUUGCACUUACCACGGCUGUACGCUUCGGUUUGAAACGCCUACGAAGCUGCAGAAGCACAAGCGCGAGGCCCACCGCCAGACUACGCCUGGCGGCCACUUGGUUGGGCGUGAUACUUCCGCACGCAAUUCUCAGGCCGGUCCCCACAAAUGUGAGCGGAUCAACCCAUCUACGGGAAAGCCAUGCAACUCUGUUUUCUCCCGACCUUACGAUCUUACCCGGCACGAGGACACGAUCCACAACGCACGCAAGCAGAAGGUCCGGUGUCAUCUGUGCACGGAAGAAAAGACCUUUUCGCGUAAUGAUGCGCUGACCCGGCACAUGCGAGUGGUGCACCCUGAGGUCGAUUGGCCCGGCAAGCAAAGAAGGAGAGGCAGGGAGUAAGCCUGAAUGGGGUUAUGGUGUGAGGCGGGCAUACCUCCCAUUCGACUUCUACAUCAAACAUGGCUACAAAUGCCCAAUUGGAACACGACAAAUGGGAAGAUCCAUUUUGGGGAGGUCCCUCUCAGAAGCUCCUUUGGGUUCCACCGUUUCCAUGCCCCCAAUUGAGUCAAGAUGACGCCGGAA